GGGAGUGUCAUUAGUCAAUGUUUGCUUUGCUCGUCUCUGUAUAAGCUCAUCUUCUCACUCAUCUUGCCAGCGAUGUCUUCAGAAGAGCAAGAUAAUGAUUGGAUCUCCUUGUUUGACUGACCUGACACUUGACCAUUGGAAGCCGACAGAUCCUUAGCAAGCAAAUGUUUAUGACAAACAACUUGCUGAUUAUAAAUAGUGAUGACAUUCAUGACUGAAACAUCACUAAGCAUCACAUGGUGACGCUUUUGCUGUUUGCAACAGCAAGCAUAUUUAGUCUAAUGCCUUUUUCUUUUGCUAUUUGGGAGACAUUUUAAUGGACCUAAAAUCCAAGGUGUAGGUGUUGUGCUGGAUUUGUCUUGGAUAUCAUGGGCUGUGGAGGCUCCCGGACAGAUGUGUUGGAGCCAAGAUAUAUGGAAAGCUGGACCAAAGAGACGGAGUCCACAUGGCUGACCAGCACGGACACAGACAUACCACUGUCCUCCAUUCAAAGCAUUCCCUCAGAAAACUCUUCAGAAGUGGGCUUUCCUUCAGAGAAAACUGCCAACCUUGAUCUAUUUGAUGAUGGCCUGCCCUCUCCAGCUCAGGCCUAUCUGAAAGUUUGUUCAGCCAUGUCUGAGGUGGGCUUAAAUGACAUAAAAACAGGAAGCACCCCUGCCGUACUCUCUUCACAAGAGCAGGAUGUGCUGUCCACGUCUGGUACCACAUUACAGAGAAGAAGUGUGCUGCGAACUGAAGAAAUAACCAAAUGGCAGGACAACAGGAUGUCCACCAAGCAGGUGACCAUCACUGUGACUCAAAGUAUCCGGAAGGUGGACAAGAGCGGAAAGAUCAAGGAAACAUCCCAAACCACAUAUGAGGUCAUGAAACCAGUGGACGGUCUGAAGGAUGCUGCCAUUGACUCAGUGCCUAAAUAAGUUGCUUUCUUGAGGAUUGUUCAUUUCAUUUGCCUGAAACAGAUUCUGUCAUGGAUUUCUUAAAGCCUUGGCAAAGAUUUAAUGGACCAAAGACGUUUAAAGCAGGGAUGACCUGAAUGAAGAAUUCCAUCAGUGCUGUGAUCAGCAGUAUCAUUCAUCGGUCAAUGCAUUAUCAUCCUUAAGUUGCAGACGACAUUAGAUUGUUUUAAUAAUGUCUACUUCUAUGUUGUUUUCAUGUUGUGUCCGUUUUGUUUUUUGAUGCAUACAGGGUCUUAGUAAAUGUACAGCACACAUACUGUAUAUUGAAAGCACAAAAAGAAGGCAAUCAGAGAUGUUGAUUAAUUUAAAAGUCUGUUCAUCGAUGAAUGUGGUUUAAAGUACAUAUUUAUUUAAAUUGUUUGUGAAAAAUACAAACAACGAAGCGUG